AUGUUAGAAGAAUCACCAAACUCAAAAUUGAACAAAGAAAUUCUCAGUCGCUAUACAUCUUUGGAACUUCCUGACGGAAAUAUAAUAGCAACGUACGUUUGGAUUGAUGGUACUGGAGAAAAUAUAAGAUGCAAGGAUAGAACCUUGAAUUUUCUUCCUAAAAGUCCAAAAGAUUUACCAAUUUGGAACUAUGACGGCUCAUCAACCUAUCAAGCAUUGGGUGAAAAUUCUGACGUUUAUCUGUAUCCAUGUACUAUAUAUCGAGAUCCAUUUCGUCGUGGCAAUCAUAUUUUAGUGUUAUGUGAAACAUACAAGUAUGAUGGAACUCCAAUGAAAACUAAUAACCGCAAAACUUGCCGUGAAGUAUGUGACAAAGUUAAAGAUCAAGAACCAUGGUUUGGAAUUGAACAAGAAUAUACUUUCCUUGAUAUGGAUGGUCGUCCUCUUGGAUGGCCAAAAGGUGGCUUUCCAGCACCACAAGGACCAUAUUAUUGUGGAGUUGGUGCCGAUAAAGUAAUUGCACGCGAUGUUGUUGAUGCUCAUUAUCGUGCUUGCUUAUACGCAGGAGUUAAAAUCUGCGGUACCAACGCUGAAGUUAUGCCAGCUCAGUGGGAAUUUCAAGUUGGUCCAUGUGUUGGUGUUGCAGUUGGUGAUGACUUGUGGAUGGCUAGAUUCUUGUUACACAGAAUUGCCGAAGAUUUUGGAAUUAUCAGUACUUUGGAUCCAAAGCCUAUGACUGGUGACUGGAAUGGUGCUGGUGCACAUACAAAUGUUUCAACAAAAGAAACGCGCGCUGAAGGUGGAAUAGAAGUUAUCAAAGCUGCUAUUCAAAAAUUAUCAAGAAAUCAUGAUGCUCACAUUCAAGCUUAUGAUCCACACGGAGGAAAGGACAAUGAAAGAAGAUUGACUGGUCGACAUGAAACUUCAAGUAUUACUGAAUUUAAAUCUGGCGUUGCUAAUCGUGGUGCAUCAAUUCGCAUUCCAAGAGGAGUUGCCGACGAAGGAAAGGGUUAUUUUGAAGAUAGACGCCCAUCAUCCAAUUGCGAUCCCUACACAGUUGUCGAAAGAAUACUUCGCACAAUUUGUCUUGAUGAAUUCUAA